AUGAUCAGUCAUAUCGCGUUCUUCUUUGCCUCUGUAUUAGCGGCAUCGCUUGGAAUUUCCGUCAAUGUCAAUUCUUCCAAUCUUCGUGAGGUCUACCAGUUCCCACAUGGCACUUGGGUGGAGAAUAUUGCCGUAAGGUCUAAUGGCAACCUGUUAGUAACACUGGUGAACGUUCCAGAAGUCUGGGAGGUGUUUCCAUCUGCCCAGGCUGGAGCCAGUGGGGCGCGUCUUGUUCACCAUUUCACUAACGAAGGAAUGUCCACGAGCAUUACUGAGCACUCACCAGAUAUGCUUGCCCUAAUUACCCCGAAUACCGUUUGGAAGAUGGAUCUGAAUGCGGGCAGAGAAGCAAGCCCGGUCCGAGUAGCAACUCUGCCGGGCGGAAAUCUCAACGGUAUGGCGACACUGGACCAAGAGCUUGGUAGGGUGGCAAUCUCCGACUCCGAGUUUGGGCUGGUAUGGGUCGUGAUACACAUACUGGAAAGGUCACGGUCAUCCUCCGGGACGAAACCACAUGGCGAAUACGAAGGAAGGCCCAUCUCUUCUAUCUAA